AGUCUGCUUUGCUUUACUUCCUCCCUUAGCUCGUACAGACAGCACAGGCGCAAGGUGAAACUAGAGUUCUGGAAGGUUGACGUUCUCAACACCCACAUACACCAGCCUGUUGAAUCCGUGGUCGACUAUUAAUGCAAAUCAUAAGUAGUACAAUACCGCUCCUAAUAGCAGCAAUAGCUAUGAACUCCUAAAUAUUAAGCCUAACGUAAAAAUCGGCGUGGAUAUCUGCGUUAAGCAAUUUAUUAUUUAAAUAGUUAUAAACAGGUGCAAUGGACCAUUGCUUCAUGUAUAGAACUGGGAGAAGGUGGUUUUGUGUGCAUUAUGCGUGGCUCGAUCAUUGCUGACAAUUGACAGAAACGACAGGUAUUUUCCGAAAUGGUAAUUCAAGAUAUUCAAACUGCGAUACAGAAAGCCCUAAACGAAGCACUGAAGAAUCGAAGAGUUCAAGGGACUGCCAAUGAUGGUGUUCGUGAAGUUUUUUAUGUUUUCAAGGUAACAAACAGCGCUUUAGAGAACGUUACAACGACUAACCACACUGAAGAUGAUUAUUAUUGCGAAGAAUGGAGUGACGCGAAACACGUUCUGUUUCAAAGUGCUAAUCUGUGUUACGCAGCAGCUUUUUUAGUUCCGCACAAUUUUACCUUCAGCAUUCUCAUAAAACGUAUUAUGCUAACUGUUGGAUUUCUUAUGGUGACUUUAUGGGCCGGUGUAGAUGUCUGUGCACCCGAUAUCUUCGCUUGGAACCUAACAUUUGUGCUCACUAACUGCGUCCAUUCUUUUUACUUGGCAUAUAAAAACAUCCCUCCUAGAAUUGAUCCAGAAUUGAUGGACCUCUUUAACAAAGUCUUCAUACCACUCAAAGUGAACAAGAAGAAUUACAAACAAUUGAUAAAAGAAGCUGAAAUUUUGUCAGUGGACGAGGACGAACAUUAUGCCAUUGAAGGAAUCACUUCCGCAGAUGAAAGGUUGUCCAUUCUGUUGAGUGGCAGAAUGAAGGCAACCUGCGAAGAUGUUCUCUUGCACUACAUAAAUCCAAAUGAAUUUAUAGAUUCUCCCGAAUGGGAAGCAUGUCCAACAGAUAGCGAUAAAUUAUUUCAGGUAACUGUGACAGCUUUAGAACCGUGUCGAUUACUAUGCUGGCAGAGACGUCGAAUACGUCAAGUUUUAAAGAAUAAUCAAUUUUUGGAUAUCAUCAUGUAUAACCUCAUCGGAAAAGACAUCACUCACAAGCUCUACUCUCUAAAUGAGUUUCAUAGGCCAGAAAAUAGAACAUUACUAUCAGACCCUAAUGAUUGGUGGCGUCAUCCCAUACCUCGUAGUCUGAGUGUGGAUGCUGUACAUACUGGCACAAAAGGACACGUUAGAUCUCUUCUUUGGAGGGCACAGAACAGGAGAGCAAGCAGUGCACCAUCGGACAGCAUAGGCUCGUCACCCGCUCGUACAUCUCGUUAUUCAGCCUACUGCUCAGAUCCUGGUCCAUUUAGGAGUCCAUGCCGUCCUUCACCAAUUCGAGUGGUUUCUACAGCUCUGGAUAUCAAUUCCAAUACAUCCAUUGACGAAUCUUCAGCUGCUUCGUUUAAAACUGAUGAAGGACAUUUACCUGGGCGUGUGUCAUUUGAGACAUCUGUUUAGAAGUUCAGUGACUACAGUUUAUUAAUAAUAAGACAGAAAUGGAUGAAAUAUCCGAAUAAUUUUGAGAAUAAAUUUGUCUACGCUUCAACUGAUUGGAAUAUAAAGCACAGCCAAGCACUGUGCCUUAAUGCUGAUAGGUCCAGGGUGGCUUUGAGUUAAUAAUUUAACUAUAUGUAAAUAUUCUUACUAUAAUAUAAUUUAUAAAAAUGUUAAACUCUCUAUACAUUUUUACUUCCAAUCAAAAAAAUAUAAUCAAAGCCAUAUUUUAUUUAAAUUAUUUAUGAUGAACCAUUUUCCUAUAUGAUUAACAUAUGUAUAUAAUCAUAUAUAUUAAGACACAGUGCUUUGGUUACAGUGGUAUAAUUUAUUAGUUCCUAAACCUGCCAUCAAGAGAAGGUAAGGAUACAAGAAGUUUUUUAUUUAUCAGAAGACAGUUUACAAAUAUUUACAAACAAAAUAUUAGCAAAGCCUUAAGAUAAAUAUAUAAACUAAAAGGUUACCAUCCAAUGUUUUAUGAAUUGUGUCUGUCCACAGAGCUUAAUACUGUACAUGAUGUUCUUUAUAAGGCCUUUGCUUCAUUUAAAUUCUUCAAAACAUUUAAUUAAUUCAUUUAAAACAAUGUCCGUAUCCAUUCCUUGAGAGCUGUGAUAAAUUUCUUUGGCUUCUAUCAUUAACAUUUUAGAGACUUUCCUAGCUUAUUUCUGAACGAAUAAACUAAAAUAGAUCUUAAUAUUUACAUAUAACUUAAUAUUUGCAUUGCUUUAAGCAUGAUUUUAAGCAUAACUCUCAUCAUAAUUUAAAAGUAAAUUUCUUCUAUAUAUUUUAAAUAAGCAUUUUUCACGUUUGUAUACAUUUUCAAGUUUCAAAAACAAAAAUCAAUUCAGAUUUUUUUUAUAUAUAAGAAAAUGUUUUUUAAGUUAAAGUGUAAGUAGGCAAAAACAAUGUUAUUCUUACAUAGUAAUUUAGAGAAAGAUUAGAUUUGAUUUAUUGCAACAUGAAUAUAGCAACAUGUUUCAUACUGGAAUGUGUAAAGCUAUAGUACAAGGUUAUCUUUUUACUCCAAUAUUUCACAAUACCUGUCAUCUAAGCAGAUAUUUUAUAUCAAAAUAUUUCAAUCAAUUCUAUUUCACUUUGAUCAUCUUUUAAUCUUCUUGCCAAUGUUUUUUCUUCAUGCUAUUUUCAUUCGUGCCUUUCCUAUAGGUCUAUUAUAGGAAUGCUCAAGUGCUAAAUAUUUCUUUAACGCAUUCCAAAACGAGAGACAGAAAUGACAACGAAACAAUCUCGAAUAGAUCAAAAAUGGCAACAAAGAUUCAUUAGCAAAUAAUUGCCUUUCUUCCAAUCAAUUAAUAAACACAUUAUAAAUAAUUAAAACAUAAUUUAUUUUAAAAAAUAGUAAUAAAAUUAUUUCAUUUCAUCUUUGAAAACUAAAGUAAGAAAUCUUAACAUUUGAUCAUAAAAUUCAUUAUAGUUAGCUUUAAAAUUUUUUUCUUUAAAAAUCCUUUACAGCUAUGAAUACUUUUUACAAAUUGCAAAAAGGAGUAUGUUGCACGAUAAUAUAAAAUUCAAUUUUAAAUAUGGUAUCCAGCUUAAUUAAGCUUAUUUAAAGUUAAUAACUUAUAAAGGAAAGGUCCAGAGUUGAUAAAGCAAUCGAUCUUGUUUAGAUUAUAGUAUGAGACUGGUUCUUACCAAUCUAUCAUUACUGAAAAGCUUAAAUUUGUAAGUUUAUUAGAAAAUUAUAAGCGGAUGUCCGAAUGCAAGCCAGAAAAUGAUAUAUAAAGAAAAACACUGAAAGGCAUACUAUUUCGUUUUAUGAUCAAACUAACUGCCUUUCAAUGUAUUAGCUUGAGCAUUAUUCUUAGUAUAGUUAAUAAUCAAUCCAUUAAAUGUCCCAAAAAAUAAUAGAAUUAUAUGUCUAUACAUGUAGUAUUUUAUCUGUUGCCAAGAAAUCUCUUCAUCUGCAUGAUUGGACUUAGGAAUCUUUUGUCUGAAAUUAGCAUGACAUUGUAACCAUUUCAAAAUAAAAUUUAAUUUUUAUCAUAAUAAAAACUCAUAAAUUUCUAUAACUUUUUUUAAAUAAUUCGUUUAAAGCUCAGCUAUUGACAAUCAACAUU